AUGUCGACCUCAUCAGUAAGAAGCGGUGGCACGAAGGGAGUGAAAAAGUCGACUUUCGUCAAACUGUGGGAGCACAGGCUUUGUACAACAGCAACAGCAGGAGAAGCAAUAUCAAAGACAUUGGGGCGUGCAGCACUCGCAAAAGAGAAGGCUCGGGUGGAAGAGCAGAUCAAGAAAGCUCUUACCAGAUAUAGUCAAGACACCAUCAACCUCCUUCGACAAGGCACACAAGAAGAACAGCCUAUGGACAUCGAUCUCGCUGCACAAGAGGACCUGGAACGACUCGGAAUCAAUCAAGAUGGUGUCAACAAUGAUAUGCCCGCAGCACCCAAAUUUCAACACGCAAUUCGCGAUGUGCUGCAAUUGCAGUGGAAGCUACGCUGGUAUAAACAAACUAGACAGUGGCACCAACAGCGGAUGUGUGAAGAGGCUGCUUGGAGCCUUCUUCUCAAUGCCCUGGCUGACCAGUUCCUCCGAUGGAAGUAUCCUGCAUCAAAUUCGCCUCCCAAAUGCUCACCAAGCAGGGCAGAGUCAACUGUGCCCUGGUCCACGGAGACACACUUCACCUUGAUUGACGACACUCACGCUCGCAGCCCCCAGCCCAUUGACGAAUCAGUGCGACUCCCAUAUUGCAUCAAAACCUACGACAUCUUCACCCUUCAAAAUGAGAUCACCGUCUUUCACCCUGCUGACAGCACCUCACCUGCUUUUGAUCUGCUUGAGCAUGGGUACAUCGUGAAGACACCCAGAUGGCCCGAAGUGGCCGUCUCUGUCAAGAUGCUGGAUCUGCUAUACCGACUUUGCCAAUAA